AUGACGAAUAUCACCCCUCGCAGGCAAGCCUGCCCGAACGACGACAUCGACCGACGUCGCAAUACAGCUCCUGAACGAUUCCUUCGAGGCAGUCGACUCAAGUCUCGCCCCUUCUACACUACGGUCUUUCUUCUAUCGAUUUUAACCGCAUAUUCUUUCCUUUCGCACACAACAUUUGCGCAGUCUGGCUCCAACCACGCCGCCGAUCCUCAUCACCUAUUCAAGCGAAGCUCCUCCACCGACACCCCCGAGUGCAACCAAGUUCAUGAUGCUCAAGACAAAUGCGCUUUUGUGCGCAAAUACUGCACCGACGAUGACGCCGGACUCGUCCCUUAUAUCGACCUCUAUUAUUGUGCUUUCGGCAACGUACGGCCUAUCGCAUUCGGCAUCCUCGUUGCCUGGCUUGGUCUCCUCUUUACCACCAUUGGAAUUGCUGCAAGUGAUUUCUUCAGUGUCAACUUGAGCACAAUCGCUACUGUUCUUGGUCUCAGCGAGAGUCUAGCAGGCGUCACAUUUCUAGCAUUCGGCAAUGGGUCUCCCGACGUAUUCAGCACUUUUGCUGCGAUGGGCUCUAACAGUGCUAGCAUGGCCGUUGGUGAGCUGAUAGGAGCUGCAAGUUUCAUCACUGGCGUUGUUGCUGGGUCUAUGGCUCUCGUGAGGGAGUUCCGUGUCGAUCGAAAAACAUACACCCGCGAUAUUUGCUUCUUUAUUUUUGCCGUUGUUUUUACCAUGAUUUUCUUGGCUGAUGGCCAUUUGCACCUCUGGGAGUGCUGGGCCAUGAUUGGUUACUAUGCAGUAUAUGUUGUCACUGUCGUAACAUGGCACUGGUGCUCGACGAGGCGCAAAGCCAGACAACGCCGAGAAGGGGAAGCGCGCAGCCAUGUUUAUCAUUCCGGGGAUGAGCUUGCUGGCGAACCGUAUCGAGAUGAUGUAGACGACAUUGGUUCGGCUCCUGGCACUGCUGUUUCUACUCCGCCCGACAUUUCACUCCUUGAAGCGGGACCUAGGAUCGAGGUGGAGGGCACAUCGCAACUAGACGAGAGCGACAUGUCAAGCGAGGACCAUGACCGCAUGGUUGCAGCCGAGGUCAACAGCAGCAUGCGAGUGUUGCGAGGUCGUGGAACCCGGAGAAACACAAUGACCCCUAUUCGACCUAGUCUCGUUGGAGCGCUCGAAUUUCGGUCCGCGCUGGCUCAGCUGCAGCGUGAGGGUAACUUGCAACUGUCCACAAUCCCAGGAAGAAGUUACUCGGAUUAUCACAUCCAUAGGCGAAGGCAAACCACGGCAACUAUCUCAGAUGCAGCUCGUUCAGACGGCCGGCCAGCUUCGGGCCAUGAUGGGCAUGCGCCCAGAAGGAACAGAGCACUCUCUUCAGGAGACCAGCCUGUGGGAACAGCUUCUCAUUCUGAUCUACGUAUCCCGAGUCGUGAUAGAGGUGAAAGUAACCUGUCAGUUCCCGGCUCUACAGCCAGCGGUACAAGAGCAUCAAGUCCGAGCCCAUCACACACUGUUGGGGGAAAUCUGGCUGCACCACUUGUCGGCCCUAGCGGGACCACCUUUGAUGCUCCCAGCGAAAGCGCGAGAGGACAAAUGCCGACUCCUGAGCUACAUCUGCAAAUUCCGAGUCCAAGCCGUCGCAGCUCCUGCAGCGAUCGAUCUUCUCCGAACCAACCUUUCCCUAUGUACACUGAUUCGCCAGCACUGCUCACACCCAACUAUCACAACGACCCAGUUGAGUUUUUUGUGUCACCGGGAGGAGUAUCGCCCAGUACCGUAGUGCCGGGCCUAGGAGGUCGUGAGACACCAUUUGCCGACUUGCAGUUGACGGUCGAUGUGCCAUCCCGCCCUGUAAGGUGGUGGCCAUAUGCUGUGCUACCGCCUCCUCACAUAGUGUUGGCAACAUUGUUUCCUACAUUGCAAGGCUGGAAAGAGAAGACAGUGUGGGACAAGCUCGUCAGUGCCAUUUCUGUACCGAGCAUCUUUCUUCUGGUAAUCACCUUGCCAGUGGUCGACUCAGCGACAACAGAUGGCGAGUCCUCUCUCCUUGAGACGAUCGUUGACCUUGCUAAUAGCCAUCACGGGAUUGGGCAUAUGGCGUCACCCGCGUCGGUCGAGCAUUCGCCAAUCGAAUCGGAAGGCGAGACAGAAUGGGAGCGUUAUCGAAGAUGCUCUCAUGUAAGCCAGGGUAGCAGUUAUUUAGGGUCUGCUGUUCCGCCUUCCUCAGCACAUGCCGCUGGAGGGGAGUAUUCGACCGCCCCGCAUCUGUCUCUAGGGCCACCAGCGAUCGUGACCAAGCCUGCUUCGGAUUUUCCUUCUUCUAGCAGUGCUAGAGGUGACUGCACAGGCUGGAAUCGGUGGCUCGUGGCACUCCAGCUUUUCACCGGGCCUCAGUUCGCCGUUUUGGUCCUAUGGGCCAACACUCUGGAAGAUCAGGAAAGUCCUCAUAAGACUCUAAUCCGGAUGGUGCUCUACACUCUUCUUGCAUCACUCAUCCUCCUUGGAGGUUUGAUUGUUUUCACAUCGGAGGACAGGCCACCUCGUUAUCAUUAUCUGCUCUGCUUCAUGGGGUUCAUUAUUAGUAUUGCUUGGAUCUCGACUAUAGCAGGCGAGGUCGUUGGGGUUCUUAAGACAGUCGGCGUUAUUCUGAAUAUUUCGGAAGCGCUGCUGGGUCUUACAAUUUUCGCUGCUGGCAACAGCGUGGGAGACUUGGUUGCCGACAUUACGGUGGCGCGACUGGGAUACCCCGUCAUGGCCUUGUCUGCUUGUUUUGGUGGUCCGAUGUUGAAUAUAUUGCUCGGCAUCGGUAUCGGAGGUGUCAUGAUGAUGGUCAAGAAAGCAAACAAGAAGCAUCACAAAAACCCUUCCCUCCCCAUCAAGUACAAGCCUUACCGUAUCCAAGUCAACGGAACGUUGAUGAUCUCAGCCAUAACGUUGCUGGUGACUUUGGUAGGGCUGUUGAUUGUUGUGCCCAUGAAUAAGUGGAUCUUGAGCCGCAAGAUUGGAUGGGGAUUGAUUACACUCUGGGCAGUGAGUACAGUUGUAAAUGUUAUUAUCGAGGUUACUGGAGCUUGGGGCGAGGUGGCAUAA